UUACACAAACCAGAAGCCCCGACUAUGGUUUCCCGUGUGGCCUGAAGUCCUAGGACGCAAGGGAUAGCUCAGUGUAAGGGAGAUAUUCGACAAUAUAUACAUUAAAAAACUUACUUAACUACGAGGCUUAAAUCCAACAAUAUGGCGAUUUUAUUUUCAACCAUAAACACGCCGACUGAGUCGAAAAUACCAGAAAUCGUAAAUAAUGGUGUCAGUAGCGGAGAGUGGGAGAUCGCCAGACCCCCAAAUUUUCAAGCCGGAAAACGAGCCAAAAAGCAAUUCGAAUGGCCACCUAUCCGUUGUCGUUGAUGACAAAGUGGCGCAAGACGUACAGACGCCAUCGGAUCACGGCACAGAACGAGCGUCCACUCUCCGAGACAAGCUGAGGAAGCCUAUCAAAUUUCACCUCGCCUUCCUGUCUCUACUGCUUAUCUUGUUCAUCGUGUCAAUCGACGCUACUGCGCUAGGCGUUUCCAUACCAACAAUAAGCAAUGAACUUCAAGGAACGACGCUCGAGGCAUUCUGGGCCAACCUUUCCUUCACACUUGUUGUCGUUAUUGUCCAGCCUAUCUACACAAGUGUCUCCGAUGUUGUCGGCCGCAAAUUGCCCCUAUAUACCGCGUUUAUCCUAUUCGGUAUCGGCUCGAUCGUCUUCGCCGUCGUUAUUGUAGGUCGCGUCAUUCAAGCUCUAGGUGGUGGAGGCCUUGAUGUUCUCAAUGAAGUCAUCAUCGCCGAUAUCACUACGCUGAAUGAGCGCGCCUUUUAUAUCGGCCUGAUUUCUAUCCCCAUGGCCCUCGGCACGAUACUUGGUCCCGUCCUUGGCGCUGCAUUCAGUGAGUACGUGACAUGGAGGUGGAUCAAUCUUCCUUUGAUUGGCAUCUGCCUUCCUAUGUGCGUUUUUUGCUUAGACCUCAAGCCUAUGCCGGAUACUUUUCGAGAGCAGCUAGCAAGACUCGAUUGGGUUGGAAUGGCUCUAUUUACAGCUGGAGCAACGCUUUUCUCGCUACCUCUCAGUUGGGGAGGAUCAAUGUACCCGUGGAGAUCACCGCAGACUAUCGUGCCCCUGGUCAUUGGCGUUAUACUUCUUGGCGUCUUCGCUUGGUAUGAGUCCAAGCCGAUUGAGCCGAUGUUUCCGUAUCGCAUCUUCAAUAACCGAACGGCUUCAGCCACGCUAGUCGGGAGUUUCAUCCAUGGCUUAAUUCUCUAUACCCUUGCCCAAUACCUACCCCUUGUAUUCCAGUCCGUCUAUCUUCGAGCUCCCCUCCAAGCUUCCGUAUUGUUGGUUGCCUUUUGCGCAGUCCUUAUGGCAUUUACAGGAUUCGCUGCUAUAUGCGUCGAGUGGACGAGGAAAUAUCUUUGGGAGAUUUGGCUAGGCUGGGUCUUCACCGCGGUCGGCACGGGCCUUUUCAGUCUUUGGGAUAGCCGUUCCAGCUUGGCUGAAAUUGUCGGCUUCCAAGUUAUCGCUGCCAUCGGUCUUGGAACAUUAUUCACCGUACCUCCUAUCCCUAUGCAAGCGAGUGCAAAAAGGGCUGAAGACCAAGGUCUUGCCGUUGGAAUCCUAGUUUCAUUCCGACUUUUCGGCGCACUCAUUGGUCUAUCUAUAGCUUCUACUGUGCUCAGCACACAGUUUAGCCAAGCAAUUACUUCUCUUGAUCCACUUCCUGAGGCUCUGGCUAUGCUCAAUGAUCCUCAGGAGGCUUUGAGUUUUAUCCCGUACCUACGGACCGUUGAAGUAGCGCCUGAGACUAUGGAGUAUGUACGAGAGGCUUAUGCGCAAGCCUUCAGACCAAUUUUUUAUAUAAUGGGAGGCCUUGGUGCUGUGGGGUUUCUCGCGUCGUUACUUACCCGGGAGUUGACGAUCGAAUCUGAAGAGAAGGGUCGGCAAGCAUUUCAAGGUUGAAAUAGCUGCGCAGGCCGCUAUGCCAUAACGGAAGUACCUAGAAAUACACCGACCAAGCCCCCGUUCGCAAAGCCUAUCCUAUCAACAUAUAUAUCAAAUUGUCAUUCUUUUCUAUGUGGGAGCUAGCUACCGUUAGGAGGGGGGUGGGGCCAGAGGAACCUAGAAAACUCGGGGUCCCGUCCGCUCCCCCAUAGAUAAACUGGGUAUCGCCGAUCUAGUAGUCGGGUCGGUGACGACCGGCGA